CGAUAAAUUAGGUCCUUGUGAAUUUAUUUCAAUUGACUGAUUUUCUUAUGUGAACUGUAACUCAGUAAAAUAUUUGAAAUUGUUGCGUUUAUAUUUUUGUUCAGUAUAGCAGAAGCUUCUAUGCCUUGCAGGAAGUAGACUGGUUGCCAGGCAAGUUCCACUCGCAAAGGAAAACUAGCUUGAGGGAGAGUAUGAUCCACUGUUGAGGACUUAACUCCACGGUGAAGGAAGUUUAGUCUGCUGCGGAGAAAACGACGCAGAAGAAAAACUUAAGCGAGCUAUUCCUAUAAUCAAACGUUCAGCAAUUAUUUAAAAGCAACUUGCACGUAAAGAAAUAAGCUUAUAUCCUGCAUCAAAAAUGUCAGUCGCAGGCUUCAAGAAACAAUUUUACAAAGCAAGCCAGAUGGUCAGUGAGAAGGUCGGAGGUGCAGAGGGAACCAAGCUGGAUGAAGACUUCAAAGAUCUGGAGAAGAGGGCAGAUGUGACCAGUAAAGCGGUGGUGGAUGUCAUCUCUAAAACAUCGGAGUACCUGCAGCCCAACCCAGCGUCCAGGGCCAAGCUGACCAUGCUGAACACGGUGUCUAAGAUGCGGGGCCAGGUGAAGAGCCCUGGCUACCCCCAGGCUGAAGGGCUUCUGGGGGAGAGCAUGGCCAAGUUUGGACGAGAGAUGGGAGAGGACACCAACUUUGGUGGCGCCCUGGUGGACGUGGGCGAGUCCAUGAAGAGGCUGGCUGAGGUCAAAGAUUCCCUGGACAUCGAUGUCAAACAGAACUUUAUCGAUCCACUGCAGGCCGUUGUCGACAAGGACAUCAAAGACAUCCAGUACCAUCUGAAGAAGUUGGAAGGCAGGCGUCUGGACUACGAUUAUAAGAAGAAACGCCAGGGGAAGAUCCCAGACGAGGAGCUGAGGUCAGCCCUGGAGAAGUUCCACGAGUCCAAAGAGAUGGCAGAGAGCUCCAUGCACAACCUGCUGGAGACUGAUGUAGAGCAGGUGAGUCAGAUGGCUUCUCUGGUCGAGUCACAACUGCAGUAUCACAAACAGGCUGUGCAGAUUCUGGAGGAGCUGACGGACAAACUCCGAGACAGGGUGAACGAGGCCCAGUCUCGCCCCAGGCGUGAGUACACUCCUAAACCCAAAGCCUCCUUUGACUACGAAGAGCAGGAGCAUUCAAAUGGAGAGUACUCCCCCUCUGCCAACCCCCCUUCAUACUCCUCAGACGUCACGUCCUUCCACAGAACACGGCCCAUGAAGAACAGUCGACACUCCUCUGAGCCGUGCGCUAAGGCCCUGUAUGACUUCGAGCCAGAGAACGAGGGUGAGCUGGGCUUCUGCGAGGGCGACAUCAUCAUGCUGACCAACCGCAUCGACGAGAACUGGUUGGAGGGCACUAUCCGCGGCCAAUCAGGAUUCUUCCCCAACAACUAUGUGGAAGUGGUGGUGCCCCUGUAACACUGACAGAACAAGAGGAGCGGGAGGGAGUGAUGAGGAGCGGGAGGAAGGGAUGAGGAGCGGGAGAGAUGAGGAGAGGGUGGGAGGGCUGAGGAGAGGAGGGAGGACAGCGGUAGAUGACGGGGGGCAUCUCAAAAGUCUAAAAUGACUUCCUCCUGUUGAUGAUCACUGAUCUAAAUAAAUCAGGACAAGGAAAUAUCAGUGUAAGAAAAUAAAAUGAGGUCACCUUAGAUUGAGAUUCACCUAAAGAUGGAUGGAUGGAAAAAGUGGGAGGAAGAUGUUGAUGGAAAGGUUAGCACAAGGAAGGUGUAUCUUCGUUUUCAUUCUCUUUACACUUUCUACACUACACCUCCCUUAACGGGACGUAUGGAGAUGGGGUUACUAGAGGAGAUGUUUGUCAUUAUGGGUGACCUGUACCCAUGAACACUACCAGAUGUGUGCUUUAAGCAGACCUAGAAAAAAAACUGCAACAAAUUGCCUUGAUGUUGUUACCUUUAAUCACCUAUUUACUUUAUUGCCCUUAAUUCUAGGGAAAAUGGUUAAAUAUGUUUUGUUCUUCCACAAUUGGGAAUCUUUGCAUGAUAUUCUGGUUAAUUUUAAUGCACACUCUUUUUCAAAAUCCAUACACACCAAUUAUUUUCCUCCCUGGCAUGGAGAGUUAGAUAGAUCUUGGCUUUAGCUGUCCUAUGCUGCCCUCUGAUGGUCUAAGCCUGUUAUUCCUUCAGGAGUAGGAUGAAGUUGCCCAUAGACUGAUCUAAGAUCAGUUUAGUAUGUUUCCCACUUAUGGUUAAGGUUAGGAUGUACGGACUGUAAGCUGAUCCUAGAACUGUGCCCAGGGGCUUGUCCUGCAUGGACAUCAGUACUGAUUUUUGUUUCUUUUAUGGUCCUUUUUCUAAUCCAUCCCAUACCUGGUAAAUGUGAUUGUUCAGCUUUUCUCUGGGUCUAAACUUACGUGAAGAGUUGGCCUGUUUGCUUACCUGUUUCUACUAAAGCCAACGUCGCCAUUUCCUUGGCAAGGCAAAUAUAUGUUGUUGGAAACAGUUGGCCACCUAGGCUAGUAAAUAACUGUAGUGAAUGGUUAUUGUCUGUUGGCAUACACACAGCUCUGCAGGCCAAUUAUACUAUGUCUCUAAACACUAUAACACUAUUUAUAACACUAUCUCCGUUUAGUACUGUUACAGCUGCAAGGCUGCCUUUCAUUGACUGGGAAGAUCUCAAUUGCUUUCUCCUCGUCUCCUACUCAAACCCAUUGGAUGAGAAAUCCAGCCGGUCUGUCCCCUCUGACCUUUUCUUGAGAUCUUCCUUUUGUCUGCUAUACCCCUUUGCCUUCCUCUUCUCUGUCUCUCUCUUAUUUUUGCUAACUCUUAUAUGGUCAAAAGAUCAAAAAGGAAAACUUUCCAUUGCCCACCCAAGUUCUUUGUUCUGUUUGUGUUGUGUUCUAACUUAGAUUUGAAGCCAUCUGCUCCUUCUGGCUUAACCCCGUGUGCCUGAGGGCUGAAGCCAAAGUAAGUGAGUGUAGAGUGACCUCCUAUUAUUCACUUGCUACAGUCAGUUUGCAUACAGUGUGUUAGUGGUGCUUGGAUCAGCUGUUUUAACACCCCAUCCGCAACCGCCUGACUAUGUCAUAAAGUGAACGUCCGAGGCCCAACCCUAAACCGCAAAUAUAGAAAAGGCACUAUAGGCUAGUCAAAGACUGCAGGAAUAUUUUUUUGGGACAGAGGGUGCGGGGAUUUUUUUUGCCUUAUUUAGACAUGUUUCUGCUUAUGAUUUCUGACAUUUUGGUAGGCUAUUUGUUAGUCAACUUGUCUAUAAUUAUAUACAUACAGCUUCUCUUCUGUCAUAUGUUGCCCAGGAAGACUAACUAAACCCUUGCUUUCUAGAAUGUCAUAAAUCAAUAGAAUGAAUGCUUCAAUCUAGUUGACAUCGAUAAAGUUUCACAGAGCAAAAACGUUUAGGGAUUGGGGAGAAAAUGCAAUAACAGAAGAUUUAUAUUUUUUACAGUUUUAUGUGCAAGAUUCCCAAAUGACAUCAGUUUGACUAGGAAAUAGAAAGCUGUGAACGACCUAACAUGUUUUUGAUAAGGUUUCAGUUCGGCUUGGAUGCAAAUUUUGUAGUUUGAAAUUGUAGCAGGCACAUUCUCUCAAGAUGCUGGGAAAAAAUAUAUAAUUUCUCCAGCCCUGUUCCCAAGUCCACAUUUUUUCUACAUUUAGUGUAUAAUUUUACUGCAAGACAUGCUUAAUUCUGCAGGAGUUCAUAUUAAGUAUGAGAGGUUAUAGACCUGCAUACAGGCAGUGUCCAGAUUUCAGUUUCAAUUUAACCCAUCUAAACAGUAGGCUACAGUUCCCUUGAAGUGCCAUAGGCCCAUUUGAAGGCCGUCUUGGCUGACAUUUUUUUUUUUGUGCCUCACAAUCAUCACAUGUAUAAACUCUCAGCAAUUUAAUGGGUAUUUACCAACGUUUUAGGAAUCACUGUGCCUUCCUCCUACCCUUAGGUGAUGCCGAAACGUUGGUAAAUACCCAUUAAAUUGCUGGGAGUUUAUACAUGGAGUGUGCAACUUUAUUUUGAUAGUUUAUAGUUUAUUCGGCGUUAGUCAGUUUUUUAAUUCCCAAUCAUCACAUAACAUAGCUGCCACUAUCCUCUUUUACUGCUUCACCACAUCUUUCCCAAACAGGACUUUUCUGGCCCUCCCUUCUCUUUAGUUUCAACUCUCCUUUCGUAGCUUUUCUCUUAUUGAAACUCCAACAUUGUCCUUUUUGCCUCCAUAGAUCGACUUUUUUUCUGCCUGUUCUUAAAAGUGAUUGGUGUGUAGGCUAUUUGCCGCGCGUACAAGUAGGCCCUAAAGUUUAGGCUUAUGCACUAAUGCCAGAUAGCCUAAGAUAAUGAAAGAAAUACCUUAAUGUAGCCUAAAGAUAAAAAUUGCACAAGAAUGAUACAUUUAUGGAUUUUUUUAAGGUAUUAUUUUCUCUUUAUUCAACCCACCCGCCUACAACCUGCCCUUCAUCCACACAAUAUUUAAUGGCCCUAAACCCAUCCAUUCAGAGGAUAUAACCGCAGGGACUGUGUUCGAUCCAACCCGCUGCCAAAAGGGGAUUUGAAAGAAGGGUCGUUUUUGUAUUUACGUGUCACCCCAUGGUGUGGGUGGGAGAGAGAGGAAAUAGGACUGUAUAUGACCAUGGAUUUUAUUAGUCUUUCUGGGUGUUUCAAUUCCAGCUACGCCUUUUUACCCAGAGCCUCAGAACUGUGAUGAGCCCUACCCACAGCCGAUAACUGUCUAUCCUCGUUAUCUAGUUGCUACACUCCUUCACGGCACCCGUGGAAUUGUAUCCGGAACAGACGCAUUUUUUUUUAUGUCUAAAUAGGCACAGGACAGCUUUACCCUACCCCCACUCACUGGCUAUCUGCCCCCAUUCCGCUGCCCCCUCGCCUCCUACCCCUCUCACACCUGCCCCUGUUCUCCUCCCAUUUUCAUCCCUAAACCCCCUUCCGACAUCUCUUAAUCCACCCCCUCAAACACUGUCUCUCAAAGAUCACUACAUAACCCCCCCCCCCCUCCCAUCUCCCUCUCCACUACUACCCUCCACUCCUUCCCUAGAACAUGCAGCUCUACCAAAAAAAACAAAUAUCCUAUGUGCAUAAAGUAAACGCGUUCCUCCUAACUUAAUGUUUACAUGUCUCUUGGGCUAUAUUUGUUGUGUUAACAUGGUUUGGGUUUUAGUGCCUCUGUAGGUGAUUAAUGUUUAGGUUCCGGUGUGGGUUACCACGUCCCAUUAGCCUAAAUAAAAGGAACUAGGCAGGCAGGGGGGAAAGGAGCUCCAGUUGUCUAAGUACCUUGUUUACCGGUGUCUAUGAGUAAUGUAACAAAGGGCUCAGAUCAAGCAUGUCCGUUUUUGCGGACUGGUGUCGUUGUCUUCAACUAUUCUAAUGCCGUUGGUGACAAUCUAUUUAUGUUUUUCACACUACAUUUGAAGAUGGGUAUUUCUACCAAAUCCCACAGGAGUAUCAUAUUAUUUUGAUAUUACGAGUAUUAUCUUACUUAAUAAUAGCUUUAUUUUAAUAUACAGAAUCAUUUUGUGAAGUGUCCAUUGUAAAUUGCUCGUUGCCUGCAUGUGUCUAUAGGUUAUGCGUCUUGCUUCAGCGAUGAUGCCUUAUUUUGAGGCUCCGUGUUUUUGGUAAUUUACGCUGUCUGUGGAUCGAUGUUUGAACCAAGGCAGGAUUAUCUUUAUGUGGAUUCUCUUUUAUCUUUGUAUUGUCAUGUAUUAUAUAUUUUUGCGACGAUGUAAAUGAGGAAUGUUGUCUGAUCGCUUCUUAAAUAAAUAUGAAGGAAAGUGAA